AAAAGUGAUCCCAACUCUUCGAUUCCGACGCCACACACCGUCUCUUGCGUAAACACUGGCUGAAGAGUAUAUUACACUUAUACGCGCUGCAGCUAUUCAGCUAUAUCACACACGCGCGCACACACACACACACACAUAUUAUAUUAUUUUUCCUAAUUAUAAUUGUUAUAAUAAUAUAUAAUAUAUUUUAUUAUAUUAUCUGUUUUGCGUACCGUUCGGGUGUGUAUUAUUCGUCGGUAUAUAUAUGAAAAAAAAAAAUUAAUUAAAAUACGAUACAUAUUUUUACCGUCCGUCACAAACGUCGCCCAAAAAUACAUAUUCGCCCGUUCGCGUCGGGUAAUUACAUCGGAUCUCCGCGCAGUGGAGGCGGCGUGGUAAGAUGACGACCGAGAUCAUGUCGGACAGCGAUGGAUACAGCCGCGAACUGUGGCUGAACGCGGUGGCCGCGGCGCUGGGUUUGACCUACUCGGCGUACCGGCAGCUCCGGGCCGCCAGGACGCUGCCGCCCGGGCCGUGGGGCGUACCGUUCUUGGGGUACGCGCCGUUCUUGUCCAACCACUGCACGUACCUCAAGUACAACGAGCUGGCCCGCCGGUACGGGCCCAUAUGCUCGUUCACGCAACGCGGCAACACGGUCGUACUGCUCAGCGACCACAAGCUCAUCAAGACCGCGUUCGACAUGAAGCAGAUCACCGGCCGUCCCAACGACGGGUACAUGGACAUCAUCGGCGGAUACGGAGCCGUAAACAGCACUGGGAAGUUAUGGGAGUCGCAAAGGAAGUUUUUGCACUUGGUACUUCGAAAUAUGGGGAUGACGUUCACGGGCCACAACAGGUUGAACAUGGAAAAUCGAAUAAUGAUCGAAGUAUCCACGCUAAUGGAAAUGUUUCACAACACUUGCGCCAAACCAAUAGAUCUAAAUGCCGGUUCGUUGUGCCUUGCCAUCACCAACGUGAUUAGUUCGUUGACGAUGAGUGUUCGAUUCGAACCGAACGACCCGCGUUUCGAGCGGUACAUGCACAUGGUCGAAGAAGGUUUCAAGCUUUUCGGCAUGUUGAGGCCGGUGAGUUUGUUUUUGCCGAGACGUCACAUUACUGACGAACGGAGCAUACAGGAAAAAAUCAAGAACAACCAUCGCGAGAUCGCCGGGUACUUUCAAAAUAUCAUCGAGGAGCACAAGAGCACGUUCGAUCCGAAUUGCAUUCGAGACCUGGUCGACGCCUAUCUGUUGGAGAUAAAUCGCUCCCAGGAAGCCGGCACGGUGGAUCAACUGUUUCAGGGUUUGGACCCCAACAGGCAGGUACAACAAAUUCUCGGCGACUUGUUCUCGGCCGGCAUGGAGACCAUCAAGAAUACGAUUUUAUGGGCCAUGGUGUACAUGCUCCAUUAUCCGGAUGUGAUGACCAAGGUGCAAGACGAGAUCGAUUCGGUAGUGGGUCAAUAUAAAUCACCGGUGCUCGACGAUUACCCCAAUUUACCUUAYACACAGGCUACCUUAUACGAAGUACUGCGGAAAUCGAGUAUCACGCCUUUGGGCACAACACACGCAACCACCAGUGAUGUAACACUCAAUGGUUACCAUAUACCGACCGGCGCUCAGAUCAUACCUUUACAACAUUUUGUGCACAACGACCCGAACUUAUGGGACGAACCGGAGGCGUUCAAGCCGGAGAGAUUUAUAAAUGCCGAAGGCAAAGUGAAAAAACCCGAUUGUUUUUUACCUUUUGGAGUCGGUCGGAGAAAAUGCCUGGGUGAGACAUUAGCUCAGAUGGAACUAUACUUGUUCUUUUCGACCUUGUUACACGAGUUCGACGUGUGUUUACCGGAUGGUGACGAAUUACCUAGCAUGGACGGUCAAGUCGGUAUCACACUGACUCCACAAUCGUUCAAGGUCGUCAUGAAAGCGCGCAAAAAGUAGAUUUCAUUUCAUUAUUAUUCUCAGAUCCUCUCAUUUAGGUUGUUCAUGUAUUUUUAAUGGAAUAUUAUGUAUUUAUUAGAAUAAUAUUCCAUAAUUAUUGUUUGGAAAUGUUUCAUUAUUUAUUUACCAAUUACACAUGGUUCCCUAUAAAUUAUAUAUAUUAUCUAAAAUGUCAUUUAAGACCAUACUAUUUAUUGAUUAGCUAGUUUAGUUUAAUUUAUACUGUUUUAGAAAAUAACGAUUGUAUUUGUUUAUUUUAAGUAGUUACAAGUGCAUGCUUUCCUAUAUUGAUAUGUUUAUGUACUAUGUACUUAGUGCCAUAUUUACCAUUUUUUUUUUUUAUGUAAAUUAUUUUAUGUAGUUUUAGAUUCUGAGCGGAGCGAGGAAUGUAUUGGUUU